AGCAGACCACACUCUUUUUCCUUUUUCACUUUCUCACCUUUUUCUUUUCUUUCAUUCACCAUUCAUUCCUUUCAGGCUGCUCGUGGGUCAUUAAGACCAUUUACUCAUUCCUUCCGGAUCAGAUCCUAUCCUGGUCUGACUGCAACUCACGUCAGCCAUACACGCCCACACCCUAUUUAUGCACUUCUUUUCUCCGUCUCAAACACUCAACUUUUCUCUUCCUCAAGUCAAUCCAGCAUGAAAGCCCAUCUCCAGAUCCUUAGUACUGGCACACCGGACUGCCUACCAUCGGUCAUUCUUCAUUUUGAUACACAACGUUAUCUAAUCAAUUGCGGUGAAGGUACUCAGCGCUUGUGUUUAGAAUCCAGAUUUCGUUUCUCUAAAAUCAAGACCAUAUUCUUUACCCGUACCCAUUGGGAUUGCCUUGGGGGAACACCAGGAAUGCUCCUGACUCUUGCGGAUUUGGGGGUUUCGCGGAUGAAACUGCUGGGGGCUGAAAACUUAACGCAUGCCAUGAUCUCCACCCGUCCUUUUGUCUACAGGAACAUCAUGGCAGUUGAUUCAAUCGAAUUCAACAAGGAGAUGAAUACGUAUAUGGAUGAAAACCUGCGCGUCACCGCUGUUCAGGUUUUCCCUAGUAAUUUCAAGCGCGCUCCACCUUUUGACUGGCCCGUACCAUCCAGUACAGCUCAGCCCCAGUCCAGUUUUAGAGAAAAAGAAACACUGGUAACGCCAACUGCAGGAGCAAAGAGGGGAUCCAUUGAACUUCAGUCAUCAAGCGACCUGUCAUUAGCAACACCAAUAAAUGUUGAUGAGGCGCAGCAAACCCGACAAAAGAUCCUGGACAGUAUGUUUACCUUAAGCAAAGAAAGUGAGGUCAAUCCUCAAAGGUCUAAAAAGCCAAAGCUUGAUCGCGACCGAUCUAGUGCUUCAUCGAAAGCCACUGCACUGACAGAUGUAGACAUUAUUGAAGCAACCCGUUCUGCCGCUAAUGCCGGGACAAGCAAGAAUAACAAAAAUAGUAGCAGCAGCUGUGGCCCUAAGCCCAGUCACCCUGGGAGGUUUUUGGUACCGCCAAGAACAAGCCCAAAUGCUGUGGCCAUCAGCUAUAUUUUCCAGUCACCGGAUUAUGUCGGCAAGUUCAACAAACAGGCAGCACUUGAUCUGGGCGUAAAAGAAGGAAAGGCUUUUAGUAUGCUUGUAAAAGGAAACUCGGUACUAUCAAAGUCAGGAGAGACAGUUUAUCCUCACCAAGUCCUCAACGGCGCCCGCCCAGGGAGAGUCGUUAUGAUCAUCGAGUGCCCAACUGUUGAGUACAUUCCGUCGCUGGUGAGUUCCAAGGAAUUCAAUCGCUUUCAGCAUUUAGGAUCCGAGGUUGAGGCUGGAACCGAGAAGUUGAGGGCUGAAUGCAUUGUUCAUCUUGGCGGUCAUUCCGUUCUGAGUCAUUCUGACUACAAGGCAUGGAUGCAUAGUUUCGGACCGGAAACCCAACAUAUUAUUGCUAACCAGGAUUAUUGUCCCCAAAAGUUGAUCUGGAGAAGUCAAUCUAUCAGCUGUCACAGACUUUCAAAGUUGGAUCCAACUAUUUUCCCAAUCCCUUAUCAUAAUAACACGCCUGAGCAUGACUUGGCUGUUGAAUUCGAGGGCUCGCCGAUCAAAGUACAAGCAGCGGAGAGUAUGCUCUCAUAUAAAUUGGAGCCAUCAGCUGGAUGGGACCGCUCUGAAGUGGUCCCACUUUUGGAUCCCUUCAAGGACCACGAUGUUGGACGUGAUGGAGCCAAGCCUUAUCUCAAAGAAUACUACGGCCUGGCAGAAAAGGCAAACGAGGAAAUCGCUAGAGAUAUUGAGGCGAACCCGGAAGUGAUUCCUGGGAGUGAUGUUGUCUUGACCUCGCUUGGGACAGGUUCAUCUCAUCCGGCCAAGUAUAGAAAUGUAUCUGCGACACUAUUGGACAUGCAGGAAAAUGGCACUUUCUUGUUGGAUGGAGGCGAAGGUACCUAUGGCCAGAUGUUCCGUCACUUUAACGGAUACAAACGAUCUGCCGACCAAGCCUACUCCGUAGAUAAUCAAAUCAAAAAUCUCAAGGGCAUUUUUGUUUCCCAUCUGCAUGCAGAUCACCACCUAGGUGUUGUCACUAUUAUUGACAAAUGGAAUCAACUUCGUGACGCCAAUUCAAAGCCAAUGUAUUUAAUUGCGCCUGCAAAGUUCAAUACAUUCUUGCAAGAACUCUCAGAUACUCAGGAUUUCGGUUACAAGAAUGUAGAGUUCAUCGAAUGUGAGGAUAUUGUUUAUUGGAGGGAUGAAUUUGACGAGCGUCGCGCGUCAAUGCAACACUCCAUCAAUGGGUUACUUGAGUCGAGUGGAUUCAGUGAAAUAUCCACAGUUGAUGUGAUCCAUUGUCCAUGGGCCUAUGGUAUCAGUAUGUCCCACAAAGAUGGCUGGAAAGUUGUGUAUUCUGGAGACACCCGGCCCUGUGAGAAUCUUGUGGAGGCUGGUCAGGAUGCAACAGUACUUUUACAUGAGGCGACGUUUGAAGAUGAUAUGGCAGACUUGGCUAUCUUAAAGAAGCACUCGACCGCUCGGGAGGCUAUUAUGGUGGGUGAAGGUAUGAAUGCAAAGUAUACAAUGUUAACACACUUCAGUCAACGCUAUCCAAAGAUCCCACAGUUUGACAGUGAGGAUAAAACGACUAGUAUUGGUAUUUGCUUUGAUUUGAUGAGUGUUCGACUAGGCCAGAUGGAGCGAUUGCCUAAAUAUUUGCCUGCACUUCGGAAGUUGUAUUCACCAGAGAGUGACGAGGCAUUGGAAGUUGAGUCUGAGGGUCAGGAUAGUGAACUUCAGAAACUUCAGUUCACAGGGGAAUGA